AUGGUUUUAGGCGAGUGGCAGCACUCUGGCUACAGACAAGUCGCCGAUAAAAAGCUUGGAUUCCAGUGCAUCACCUGUCCGUCCCAUCGUAAACUCGUCCCACCCGAGACGUCCAGUCAGCCGGGGCCCAUCUGCAUUCCCAUUCGCAGUGACUGGCCAAAGUGGCCGCUCCACUCCAAGGUUAAGGUGGCUUUCGGUCCUAGACUUAGUCCUUGUCCAGAGGGCAGGGCAGAGCCGAACAGAAACAGCCGAGCUCAGCCAGACAGACGCGGUGACCUAAAUCAGCCCCAGUCAUGUCUGGACACAGCCAGAGCGAAGCAGACGGAGAGGAAGACAGAGCGAGAGAGAGAGAGCGAGAGCGACCCACACGUACUGACUCGAACAUAUACUCGCACUACGGGAUGGAGAGAAAUGAAGGAGGCUGUAAGGGGAGGGGGAGGCAGAGUUGUCUCUCUCUCCCUCUCUCGCUCUUUUUUCGCCACCGCUUUAUUUUGUUCCAAUUGCUGGUGUUUAUAUUCACCGUAUGUCUGCGCUGAUCUCCACCAUUGCUGCACAUCGAAACGUAGAGUCGGUGUCCCCCUCACCUCCCCCGUUUGCACUGUUGGGUCCAGUAAGAAAAUCCUGCUCCAGUGUACCACAAGUCAUGGGGGAAGACAGGGCUUUGGAAGGAGAAAGAAAACCUUUGUUAUUUUCUGUCCAUGGAGAAGUAUGUGAAGGCAUAAAUUCAUAAUGUCUCUCCAAGAAACUUAUAUGUUGUUGGGAAAGCUAUUUUAAAAAAAACUAGCUUGCCAAGGUAAGACACAUUUAAACUAGUUAAACUCUAUAAGAUAGCAAGCAAUAAGCAGAUAUUGACUGAAUCUACUUAAAAGUGUAGUAAAACCCCAAAAAACUGAAAAUUCUGUCAUUAUUUACUCACCCUCAUGUCAUUCAAAACCUGUAUUUCUUUCCUUCUUCUGUGGGACACAAGGUUUUGAUGAUCAGUAGAAACCAAAGAGUUUUGGUAA